CGAGAGCACCUUCGCAAUUCAAUCAUCAGCCUUUGAGCUUCUCAAAAUGGCCGCCCAAAUGACCCCCGAUGAGGUAUGAUGGGACGCUGUCUAGUAUUAGUCAUGGACCCGAAACCAGGCGUGACGGAUGAGAUCAACAAAACUUCUCAAACCGAUUCAGGAAAGGCAUGUUGCGGAUAAGGAGUGGCAGGAGAUUGCAGAGAGGGCGCACCCGGUGGAGGGAGGGAAAGCGAAGAAGGAGAAGGAGAAGGAGAAGAAGAAGGAUAAGGGGAGUAGGUACCCCAGGGGUGAGAAGAAGGCGGAACAGACUGAGGCGGAGAAGAAGGAGGUUGGGGGGAGUGUUGAGGAGGCAAUGGGUGAGUUGAAAGUUGGACAGUAAUAAUAAUCAAAAGGAAUAUAUACUGUGAUUGGAGGGACGUACGUAAUGGAACAGCAUCAAUAACAGGC